GCAGCACCCUCCUCCCCCAUGAAAAACAACAACAAUCUUGAUAGCAUUAGCAACGUUAGCAAUGGGACCCUGAACCUCUACCACACGUUUGGCCGCAACACAUUACAUUUAUCAGCCCGGCUGCUUCAGUUUGACCCCGGAGAUUGAUAACUCGAUGGUGCCGGGCUCAUGAACUUGGCCAGUCAGAGCGGGGAUGCUGGCGGUAGCCAGCUCCUCUUCGCCAAUUUCAACCAGGACAAUACGUCCUUAGCUGUUGGCACAAAAUCAGGAUACAAGUUUUUCUCUCUGUCGUCUGUGGACAAAUUGGAGCAGAUAUACGAAUGUAACACGGAGGAUGUGUGUAUUGUGGAGCGUCUGUUCUCCAGCAGUCUGGUGGCCAUCGUCAGCCUGAAGGCUCCGAGGAAGCUCAAAGUAUGUCACUUCAAGAAGGGAACCGAAAUCUGCAACUACUCUUACUCCAACACGAUACUGGCUGUUAAACUCAACAGACAGAGGCUGAUAGUUUGUCUGGAGGAGUCACUUUACAUUCACAAUAUUCGAGACAUGAAAGUGCUGCAUACAAUCCGAGAGACUCCACCCAAUCCUUCAGGGUUGUGUGCCCUGUCCAUUAGCAAUGACAACUGCUACCUGGCAUAUCCUGGCAGUGCCAUGAUUGGAGAAGUCCAAGUGUUUGAUACAGUCAACCUGCGAGCCGCGAACAUGAUUCCAGCCCACGACAGCCCAUUAGCAGCUCUUGCUUUUGAUGCCAGUGGAACUAAACUAGCCACAGCUUCAGAGAAGGGCACAGUCAUCCGCGUUUUCUCCAUCCCAGAAGGACAGAAGCUCUUUGAGUUUCGACGAGGAGUGAAGAGGUGUGUGAGCAUUUGCUCCCUGGCCUUCAGCAUGGAGGGCUUGUAUCUGUCAGCCUCCAGUAACACAGAAACAGUUCACAUCUUUAAACUUGAAACACAGAAGGAGAAGUAUGUGCCAGCAGAGGAGCCCACCACAUGGGGAGGGUAUCUGGGCAAAGUGCUGAUGGCGUCCACCACAUACCUGCCCUCCCAGGUUACAGAGAUGUUCACACAGGGGCGAGCCUUUGCUACAGUACGCCUGCCCUUCUGUGGGCAUAAGAACAUCUGCGCUUUAGCAAUGAUUCAGAAGAUUCCCAGAUUGUUAGUUGCAGCAGCUGAUGGCUACUUGUAUCUCUACAACUUGGACCCACAAGAAGGAGGAGAAUGCACACUCAUGAAGCAGCACAGGUUAGACGGCAGUGCAGAACCACCCAAUGAGAUCUUGGAGCAAGGGUCACAUGAUCGCCCGCUUGUGGCCCAAACCUACAGUGCGGCUGUUACUAAAGGUUACUGCGAAGAGCAAGGCGCGGUGGGAGGGGCGGGGCUUGAAGAAGACCUCAGCAACUUGCGCCUGGAGGAGGAGAACGAGCAGCCGCCGCUCAUCCUGGAAACUGACUGACCAAGCGGGGAUCAGAGAGGGAAGGUGUGUUUUUUGUUUUUUUGAACACACCACAGCCUCUCUGUUGUGAUCCGUGCUGUUAGUCACAUAAAUACACACACCUCCAUUUUGGACCUUCCUCCCCUCUUUCCUGUGCUCCUUCCUUGAUUUAAAAACUGACGCUUUGCAUGUUCGUGUGCCAACCGCUGAAACAAAAAGGGUGUGUGUGUGUUGGACUUUGGAUCAAAGUAGAAAUGUAGCGCACACGCACGCACGCACACACACACACAGAGUGUAAAAAGAUUGUGUAAGUGCCUCUUUGACCUAUUGUGGUUUCAUGUUUGAAACCGCUCCGCAUUGGCUUCAUAAAAUCUAUUUUCAUUUGCUUUUAAUGGAGGGAGAACUCUCGCUUUGCUCGCUUACAAAAUGAACGCUUUUAACGUGAGGCAGAGUUAUUUUACGUUAUUUGUUUGACCUCAUCAAGCCCCGCCCGCCCCAGGUGAUCAUUGGUCACCAGUCGAUGUUCCACUCUACGCUGUGUCACGCUUAAAAGCGAAGCCGUGGUACUUUAUACACUGAAGACGUUGACAUGAGCAUUGUUCUAUCACGUAGGAUCAGCUUAGAACCGCAGCGAUCUCGUCUGUACAUUUGUUACUAUGGCAACUAGGUAUGGUUCUCCACUAUAUUCAAUCCGCCGGUCAUCGAUGAUAAGUUUGGGAUUCCUUUUUGGGGACUUGAAGCCACUUAGCAAGGAUCAGCAGGGGGAGUGUCGGGCGUUUUCUAAUGAUUUUGUAUAAAAAUGUGAAACAUUCAUUUGAGACUACAUGGAAAAUAAAGUUAAUUGUUGAUGUAUGAAUGACAUAACUGGUAUUUGUUC